AAAAUUUGUCAUCUGUGUUUGUAAAGUUGUGAAGAACCUACCCUUUUUGUUUUGGUUUAAAAAUCAUGAAUGGAUAUAAUUUUGAUUCCAAAAUAAAAAGAAAUUUGUUGUAAAAUGGCUGACUUUGCGAAUGCCACAGAGGCGGCAUCCUUAGCUGUUUCUUUCGAUCAAGCAGGAGAAGUAGAAAAAGCGGUAGAAUGUUACCGAACGGCUGCAAGACUUCUCGACAGGGUUUGCAGUCACGUAUCGCCGGAAAAACAAGUAGAUCUCCGGGAGAAGGUGAAGGAGUAUAUGAAAAGGGCCACCUUCUUGGAGGAACAAAAAGAUAGAGCCCAACAAGAAGAAAGCGAAAGGGUGUUGCAAAAAUGCUACUUCCUCAUGCAACAAGCGCUUGAUGCAGAUGAGGAGAAUCUGAAAGACUUGGCGCUGCAGCUUUACACCCAGGCAGUGGAAUUAGCUGUUAGUGUUAAAUUCAAUGAACCAGAGAUCAGUUCAAGGAUAAAAGGUUUAGCAGUACAGGCUUUAGACAGAGCAGAGGAAAUAAAGGGCAUUAAAAAAUUGGACAUAUUAUCCAUUAGAGACCCUCAACAACCUGCAAUGUCUCCAAACAGGGCCCAACUGCAAAGAGAACAGAGUGUUCACUUAAAAGUGACCGGCAAACAAGUGUACACACAAGAGGAAAAAGAAGUCUUACGUAUGACCUCCAAUAUAAACAACAAUUGUUUCUUACCGUUCAUGGACAUUGAUCUAUCGGAGAAGUUCCAGUACGCUCUGCCCUUUGAAGACAGGGCCAGUGAACUGAAGUUAUCUUCGAAACAGGCAGCAGAGUUUGAUGGUUGGAUUCGACCACACGAAGUGUCCAGUGACCCUAAAAUGAUUGUCGGAGAUCAUGUCGACUGCUUCAGUAUAAAACAGACUAUUGUAUCAGACUGCUCAUUUGUAGCUUCGCUGGCAGUGAGCGCAUUGUACGAGAGACGGUUCAACAAGAAGAUAAUCACCUCCAUCAUAUACCCCAAGAACAAAAACAAGCAGCCCGUGUACAAUCCCUUUGGCAAAUAUAUGGUGAAGUUACACCUCAAUGGUGUUAGACGAAAGAUAAUAAUCGACGAUCGACUCCCCUAUAGCAAACACGGAAGACUGCUGUGCUCCUACUCGAGCAAUAAGAAUGAGUUCUGGGUGUCGCUGUUGGAGAAGGCGUACAUGAAAGUGAUGGGAGGUUACGACUUCCCUGGCUCUAACAGUAACAUAGAUUUGCACGCACUAACGGGUUGGAUACCGGAGCGGUGCGCCAUACGUGACGGCGAGGCGGAUUUCAACGGAGACGCUCUGUACGAGACGAUACGCAGUCGCUUGGAGCGAGGCGAGGUGCUGGCUACCGUGGCCACGGGACCGUUGAGCGACGCGGACGCCGAGCGCACGGGGCUCGUGGCCACGCAUGCGUACGCUGUGUUGGAUGUGCGACUUGUCAAUGGAGUGAAGCUGCUGAAGCUCAAGAACCCCUGGUCCCACCUGCGCUGGCGCGGGAACUACAGCGAGCUGGACACGGUGCACUGGACGUCGAGUCUCCGCGGGCAGCUGAACUACGACCCCGACAGCGCGGCGCAGUACGACAAUGGGGUCUUUUGGAUCGACUACGCGAGCAUUCUCAAGUUCUUCGACGUGUUCUACUUGAACUGGAACCCGGAGCUGUUCAAGAAUACUUACUGCAUUCAUCAGAAAUGGGACGCCGGCAACGGCCCCGUCAAGGACGCGUACAACAUCGGCGAGAACCCGCAGUUCACUCUGCACGUGCAGGGGAAAGGCGCCGUGUGGCUGUUGUUGACGAGACACAUCACUCAGAUAGACGACUUCCGCGACAACAAGGAGUACAUCACCCUACUCGUCUACAAGAACGGACGCAGGAUAUACUACCCCUACGACCCGCCGCCUUUCAUCGACGGCAUCCGCAUAAACAGCCCGCACUACCUGUGCAAGCUGAUCGUGGGCGACUCCAGCGCCGACCGCUACACGCUGGUCGUGUCGCAAUACGAGAAGAGCCGCACCAUCUUCUACACCCUGCGCGCGUACGCCACGUGCCCCUUCUCCAUGGCCAAGAUCGACCCCUACCCGUACACUAGAACGAUAAAAGGCGAAUGGUCGGGCCCAACGGCGGGCGGUUGCGAGAACCAUCGCCAAACGUACCCCAACAACCCGAAGUUCAUAGUGACAGUGCCGGAAUCUCGCAACCCAUGCCACCUGGUUGCGCAACUCAAGGGGCCCAAGCAGUACCAGAUGGGAGUCGACGCUAGGGUUGAAUCCCUCGACGAUCCCAGUGUCACUGCACCUUUCCUCAGAGAAUCUUCCGGAGCUUAUAGAUCGGGCUUUGUAGUUCUAGAACUACGCAAUCUGCCCGCAGGUAAGUACAUAUUGACUCCGUCCACGUUCUAUCCGGCUCAGGAAGGUCCAUUCUUCUUGGAGCUCAAGUCCACUUGCGAGAUCACAUGCGAGCCCCGCAGCUAGGUGCGGGCUGGCAGGAGAAAGGUGGACACUUGUCAUCUGAGGAACUGCAACUAGUCUUGUAGGCCAAGAGAUCAACUAACUAUGUACAACUUGGGGCCGUUCUUAAAUUAUGUCAUUAUGUUGUAAUAAUGGGAAUGAAUAAAGCAGGAUAAUAUAGUAUGUUUGUGGUUAUAGUCACAAAUAAUGCAUACAUCGUUUCGUAUAAAUAUAGAUUACUGACGCCGCGCGGUUAUACCCGCGUGGUUCCCGUUACUGUAGGAAUACGGCGAUAAUAUAUAUUAGCCUAUAGCCUUCCUCGAUAAAUGGGCUAUCUAAUACUGAAAGAAUUUUUCAAAUCGGAUCAGUAGUUCCUGAGAUAAGCGCGUUCAAUCAAUCAAACAAACAAACAAACUCUUUAGCUUUAUAAUAUUAGUAUAGAUGAUAUACCGAAAAAUAACAAGUUAAAUUGCAAUCAGUAUUUUCAGUUCACAAUAUGACGCCAGAUUAUAAUAUCACGAGUGAGAUUAAAAACUAUUUUACAAUCUAACGGUGACAUAUACAAUCGUCCUAGCAAUUGUCAACGGUAAAUCUGGUGUGACAGAAAGAUAAAUUGUCGACCAAUAGCGGCGAAAUUGAACAUAUCGCUCUCUCUUUCAUCCUUAUGACGAAGAAGAUGGCGAUAUGUAAUGAUCAACGUAGAUAAUUAUCUCACUCUAGGCUUUCAAGGAAGGUGAGAGAGGAAGAAUCCUACUAAUAUUUUAAACGCGAAAGUUUGUAUGAAUGUGUGUUACUUUGUCUUUAACGGCGCAACUACUGAACCGAUUUAGCUGAAAUUUGGAAUGAAAAUAGAUUUUAAUCUGGAUUAACACGCUACUUAUCAUCCCGGAAUAAUCCAUAGUUACCGAGGGAUUUGUAUUGAAAUUUCAGGCGGACGAAGUAGCGGGCGUCCGCUAGUAAAUUAUAAAAUGCUUGCAACACAAUUUAAGAAUGGCCCCUUUAAAAGUUUUAGUGACCUUGUUUAUCGAAAUAUCACAUAAAGAAGACAUAUUUUAUGACGAAUUAUGAUUUAGUAUUUAUUAUUUGAGAACUCCUACCUAAACUUAGUCUAAGAGACGAACACAUUUUUGUAUUUACAAAAUAUUAUUAUUUGAAAAGUCUCAAUGUAUUCAAAAACAUUGUUGAAAUAUCACGUGGCACGUUCUAUUUUAUGUCACGUGGUUUUAAUUAUUAUUUUUGUUUAUUUAAAGACAUCAAUUACAUUAUUAUUAAGAAUUAAUUAUGUUCGGAUAUACGAGGUUAGUUUACACAUACUUUGUUGCUUGCUUAUUUAGCGUUUAAUAUCACUGUAUACCGAACAUUAUGCAUUUAUAUUUUUUUUUGUAACUUUAUAUAAAAAGAUUUUUUGUUAAAUUUUUAUAUUGUGAAAUUAUAAAUAGAAGAAAAUAUAUGUGUACGUUAAAGUGAAUCCAUAUAAUAUUACAAUAAAAUUAUAUAAUUUUAAUUCAGCGCUUAAAUUAAUUCAAAUUCGAAUUUAAACCUCAAUAGUCCAACGGUUAAGAUGUUUCCUGAAAUCUGUAAAGUACAUUAAAUUCAAUUAACGCCUGUUUGCCUAUUUUUAUACAUUCUCGUUUUUCAGUAACAGUUUAGUGCAAAAAAGAUUUUUAUUAUAUAAAAAAUAUUUACUUAAUAUAUUUCCAUCCGUCCAUGUCUCUAAAUCAAUACGUUAUUAUUUGUUUUUUUAAUUAUGUAUGCCUUUUUGAAUAUGGAUUUUUUUAUAGAAGUUUGGGGCAGUAGUAAUUAGAGUUUGGCUAAUGAAAGUAAGGUCUGGAAUCACCCGCCAAAUUUGAAAAAAUAUUUAAACAAAUUAAAAAAACAUGCGUUUUCAUAAUUUGUUUAAAUUAUUUUUUUUGUUUGUGAAUACAUUACUACCCAUAUUAUAAGUAUUAAACUCAGUUAAUCCUAUAUUUGCACUUUAAUUUUGAGAAUUUACUUCGAUAUUUUUUAAUUUGGCGGGCGGGUUCUACUUUAAUUAGCCAAACUAUUAGGUUACUAUAAUACUCAUAGUCUCAAUAGUGGGGAUUGAACCUUAGACCUCAAAAACCUUUUAACUGUCGAACUAUUAAGGUCCAUUUAGUUAAUAUUUAUAUUUACUAUUACGUUUUUAAUAACAUCGCACAAUAUUGUAAACACUGCUUUUUAUAACGUGAAGAUAAUUGUAUUGUAAUGACUAAUCUUUCUCCUGUUUGCUCCUAUACUAGCUCCUGGUCUAUCGCACUGUGAUAUUGAUAUGAUAUUGUAUUUUAAAGAUGUUUUUGACUGACUUUCACUAUCGCUUGAGAUACUUACUCUGUAGCGUAAGUAGCUUCUCGUAGAGUCCUUUUCAUGAUAGAAGUCUCGCAGUUAAAACCUGAACUAAAAUUGACAACGCCUUACACAAAUGACAAUGAGCGACAUUAAUACAUUAGCGCCGCAUCUGGGGGACUUCUUUCAUGAAAAGGACUAUAUCAGCAUAUUUUAAGGAUUUACCUCCUCGUUAUAAAAGAGGCGAUAUGGAAUUUGGACCUACCUGUUACAAUUUGGGUUGGCGGGGCUUAGGGUGAUAAUGACUAACGAUCACUAUUACACGUCAAUAAUAAUUAUGACAAUCUGGCCUAUUCACAGUUCUGGCCUUUAUUAUCAACCUAUUAAAAUAAACAUCAAAUCAAUUGACAAAAUAUCAUCUACCUACUGUGUGACAUCCACCAGACAUCCACCAGUAAGCAACGGAUGACAUUUGUUACAUAGAAUCUCAAUUUCGUAUAUGUCAACUAGCAUACGUCAAAGAUAGUGAUUUAACCUGCUGGUGAGAUUGUAGUCAAGGGCUAACUUGUAAAGAAAGAAUAAAAAGUUACAUAUUACGUAUUCCAUUUCAAAGUAAAACAAUAGAUAUUCGAUAUUAGUUUUUUUUUUUUUUUUUUUACAAGUUAGCCCUUGACUACAAUCUCACCUGAUAGUAAGUGAUGAUGCAGUGUAAGAUGGAAACGGGCUAACUUGUUAGGAGAAGGAUGAAAAUCGACACUCCUUUCGGUUUCUACACGACAUCAUACCGGAACGCUAAAUCGCUUGGCGGUACGUCUUUGCCGGUAGGGUGGUAACUAGCCACGGCCGAAGCCUCCCACCAGCCCACCAGCCACCACCAGUUUUACUUGCUUUUUCCAAUAUUCAAUAAUUCUGAUGCUUUAGUUUAUAUAGCUUAUAGCUUUAGGUAUAAGUGUAUCAGGCGAAAGUGAUGUGACAGUCAUAGGACCGGAGUUCCUUUGACAAGGCAUAUAAUGUCCGAGAGUCGACGAAACUUAACUUUUUUUUCGACUAUUUUAACGCUAAUAUCAAUAAUAGUUAACGCCGUUUCAGCCGAAAGCCUUGUCAGGUUUACACCGGUCUUUAUUGUAAAGAAUUUAUGGUAAAGAAUUUUAUGGAGCGUUAUUAAAUAGUUUUGAUACUA